UCCAACGCAGGGAGGAGAGGCCUUCUUUAGCGGCUAUUAUUAGGUUGCAACACCUUAUGGAUAGAUGCAUUAUAUUUGAAUCUGUAAAAUGGAGCUUUAAUAAAAUGUCAUCCACCAAUUUUUAUUUCCUAUCGGCAAAGACAAACACCGGUGCACUUAUUUCAGGGCGUUAUUGGUGGUUAUGUGUAUUUUGAAGCACGUUAUUGUGGCUCUGUGCUCCUCCGGAGUGAUGAAAACUCAAUCCAACUUUUUUCCCCUUUUUUUCGAUCUUCGAAUCACCUCGGAGUUUUAAAGGCCAACUCCAGGUUGAAUUGGACUCCUUUUAUUUAUUAUUUGUCCUGUUGAAAAAUGAUGCGGUCGACUUUACUGUUCAUCUAGGAAGGCGUAUUGGGGGGUUGGGUUCGUGUGUGUCUGAAUGUGUGUGUGUGUGGGUGAGGGGGGCGUAAGGUUUCGAUUUAGAGACAGUCAAUUUUCUCGAAACAAAGGACUUGGAUAUCUCCAUCAUCUUGCCUGUGUGUGUAUGUGUGACUGUGCGCGCACAUUUAGUGCCACUGAUAACUCCUCAGAAAGUGCACAACACCCCCGUUUGAUUGGGAAAACAUUUAUUCAGUUCUAUCCACCGCAGUGUUGUGUGUUCUGUGGCGCAUUUUAUGUCUUUGUGUCUUGUCUUUAUGCUGUUGAAGGCAUGCAGAAUGUGCUUCAAGCAGAUUUACUAGACUUAGGGGAAUUUACCGUAAAACGUGUUUGGGUGAGAAUGCUGGAGAAUGUAUGGUAUUCUUUAUAAUGUCGUCUAGGUUCUUUGCGUCUUUACGCUGCGUAAUGCAGGUUGAACUCCUUGUUUUAUGGUGUUUGUAUUUGUUUUAUAGCAGUAAGAAAGUGACAGCAGUUAGACUCUGUUACACCAUAGUGUGUUACAAAUGGGGAGAGAAGGCUAUGAAAGUCUGUGGCAGCUAGUGUGAGCGGGUCACGGCUGGGGAGAUGAAUUUCCUUUACGAGAAAAAACAAAGAUCUGAGUAUCUCUGUUCAGUAAUGCACAGCUCAAGGGCAAAAGCAGCCGCGCAGUGUGAAUGGGGGCAUAUGGACUUGCUAUGCCAGUGAUGUUAAUAUCGGAAAGUGGAGGGAAAUAUAUCCUGUUUAUUCAUGCAAGGCAAAAGGCGACCCCGGCUGAGGCUGAAUUACCAUGCAGGGGGAGUUAAAUGUGGAAUGGGCGCCUGUUGGAGUAACAAAAAAAGAGGGAACCGGUGCUGGGUUCUCGUUCCUAAUGCAAAGGUCUGCUGGUGAUUUAGAAGGCCGUGUAACCUGAAUUAGUUGAUGAAUUUUCUAUCGAUCCUAAACAAGCCAGAUUUAUCUCUGACACGGUGCUGCUGCUGCUGCUGCUGCUGGGUGGCGGCGCAGCAGCCGGCCAGGCCACUCUCCCACUCCCUGUUAUUAGCGAUUUAGAAAGACUAGAGAAAAAAAAGAAAAAGCUUUAGCAAUCACGUCCUUACACACACACACACACACACACACACACACCCAAAUAUAUACACACAGGGUGGUGCAGGCGCCACAUCAAAUCCCCCCGAGCACUUUCCUUCUGCUGCUUCUUUUUUCUUUCUUUCUUUCUUCUUUUUGAAGUUGCAGCCAGACGCGUAACAGGGGGAAGGGGUUCGUUUGCAAUAAGGGAGGACUUGUCAUACUGUACUCUGUUGCUCGUGUGUGUCCUCCUACAGGAGCGGAAUGUAUUUUCAGCUUGUCAGACGCGCUUUGUUAUUGUUGUGAUUCUCUGCCUGCUUAGGACGGCAUGUGUGCCGACAUGUGGUGGAGAGAUAUAGAGGGAGAACCGGGCACUGGAAGGGUGAGAGGGGGGAGACGUAUUGUAAGACUGUGAAUGCCCACAAACUGAGGCCAUAUGAUGAUGCGCGUGCGGGGGCCGUGUAUAUGCUUAAUCCCAUUUCCUUAUCCGGGCUUCGUCCAGGAGGCGCGCCAUUGGCCGGUUGCCGUCACGUGGCUUCUUAACUUUGUUCACUUGACAGAAAAGUAGGAGGGUUCAACGGAACAGGAAUAACCGAAGAGUAAAGGGAUGAGAUAUAAAUUUUAGUUAUAUAUUUUCCGAGUAGGUGCAAUUCCACAAAAAGACUGAAAUUAAUGGCCAUGAGCUCCUAUUUGAUCAACUCCAACUAUGUGGACCCGAAGUUCCCACCGUGCGAGGAAUACUCACAGAGCGACUAUCUGCCCAGCCACUCUCCGGACUAUUACAGCUCCCAGAGGCAGGAGCCUGCUGCCUUUCAGCCGGACUCUCUCUACCACCACCAUCAACAACACCACCCACAACACCAGAACCACCACCACCAGCGAGCUGAGCCGCCAUACACGCAGUGCCAGCGUCCGGGGCAGCCCGCCUCGGUGGUGAUGUCCCCUCGAGGUCACGUCCUCCCUCCGGCCGGGCUGCAGACCACCCCCGUCCCGGAGCUGAGCCACCGCUGCGACUCGGUGACACCCAGCCCGCCUCCGCCUGCGUCUUGCGGCCAAACGCCCCACAACCAAAGCACUUCGUCCCCUACAAGCAGUCGGAAGGACCCCGUAGUCUACCCGUGGAUGAAGAAAGUCCAUGUAAACAUCGUGACUUCAAACUACACAGGGGGUGAACCGAAGCGCUCGCGGACGGCCUACACGCGCCAGCAGGUCCUGGAGCUCGAGAAGGAGUUCCAUUACAACCGGUACCUGACGCGCAGGCGCAGGGUGGAAAUCGCGCACACGCUUUGCCUGUCAGAGCGGCAGAUCAAGAUCUGGUUCCAGAACCGGCGGAUGAAAUGGAAGAAGGACCACAAGCUCCCCAACACCAAGGUCCGCUCCGGGACAAACAGCAACACAAACUCCCAGGCUCUAACCGGCUCCCAGACCCGCAGCGGGCCCCUAUAGCCCGGUCUUUAAGCUCUUUGUGUAUAUUAUUUUUUAUUUUUUUCCCUCCCUGGUUCCUAAACUGACCGGCAGCCACACGUGUAACCACCGGAGCCUGCACUUUGGACCGGAAUAACGCCUUUGCUCUGGAGGGAGGGAGGGAUGUCAUUGCCACCCGUUCGGCCCUGAUCUGUGCUGAUGGCACACACUAUAACAGAGGUUAUGACGUGGGAGGGGUGGACAGGGAAAUUUCCCAUUCAUAAGAAUAUGAAAUGAACAAAAGUAGGCGAAGAAGGAGACUGAACGAACUGAGAAAAUGAUGCGGCCGCUUCUUUGCUUUUAUUUGCUCAUUCUCUAUCUGCGUCCCUCUCUCCUGCCGUUUAUAUUUCUGUCUUUUUAUACUCCUCUCUCUCUUCCUCUCUAUGACAGAGCAUAAGGCGGUAGGCUGAGGAUAAUGUGCCCGCGUGCGUGUUUUUUUUUUUUUUUUUUUUUAGGUGAAGAUGGAUCCUCGUUUUCAUCUUUAAUCAUGCCAAACUCGGGCCCCAUUUGUCAUGUUUACUCUGCGGGUACAAAGCAAAGGGGUGAACCGCGGCUCUGCCCAUACC